AUGCGUUUCCAUAUCAUCAUUCUGGCCCUUGCCGGGUUGGUAAUCGGAACUCCUGUCGACCUUCUCGAACGCUCCGCCCCAGCCGACGUUCAAAAUAUUUCCAACGAGGAAAUGCGUGACCGGCUACUUCGAACGCAUACACCUCACCUGAUCCAUCAGUCUUGGUCAUUGAACGAUUUCGAAGGCUUGGUGAUGCCUCACGCUGGCACAGAGGCCACAAUCUAUCUCCGUGACCUCGGCGCCUUUGUCCCAUUGACCAGUUUCAGAAACGCACCAGGCUCGGAGGGGGAGACUACGAAGUUCACCCCGCACUGCUACAGCUGGGACCUGUGGGAGCUUCGCGAUCUCAAGACGUACUGGAGCGAGUAUUCGGCGGCUUCCAAGAUUGAAUAUGUUGGUCAGAUUGAGGAUCCCGGCCCGGUGGGGAUAGACUGGCACAGGUCAAUCCCCGUCAAGAGAAGGCUCAGUCUAACGCCUGACUGGAAGCCGAUCAGAGAGAUGCUGAGCACGUCAUUGGGCAUCGCUAUAACGGACAAUUGGAUUGGUAAAGGAACUUUUGAGUGCACGACUCUUCCAGAUCGCAGGAUUCGGCUUUGGUUCCAGAAGUAUUUCGGAGCAGCAAUGCUGUGGAAGAAGACGUGCACAAUUUGCUAUGGUUCAAGAUUCAAGUGUGAUGACGAGUGGACGCCACAGGGCCAGGUUAUCGUUCCCUCUGAUGGGUCCGAUCCGGCCAUUAACUACAACAUGCACUACACAGCAUCAUCAUCACUCAGUGCAGCCAGCAUGGAGCGCCAACAUCAAGGCUUCGAGCUCGAGACAAUGAGCCUGCCCAAUCGCACAUCGACGCUCAGCAGCGCGACUGGACACCAAGAAACCGCCGAGGAAAUCGAGCAAGCAUCGCUGCCACCCGCAGACAGAGGAAGGGAGGCCUGGCUUGUCUUGCUCGGAUGCAUUUUGAUUCAAAUUCCCGUGUGGGGGUACUCUCUCGCCUUUGGAGUAUUCCAAGAAUACUAUGGCAGUCAUCCUGACAAGCUCGAGGGCGAAUCUAGCAAUGUCGCAGUGAUUGGAACCACAAUGACUGGCCUCAUGUACCUCAUCUCCCCCUUCACAUUCACGAUCCUGAGUCGGUGGCCUCGUCUACGCCGCUGGUUCGGCCCGCUCGGGUUGGUCCUCACAGCAGCUGGUUUCCUCCUGUCCUCUUUCGCAAGGACGGUGGGACAGUUGAUCGCAACCCAGGGUGUCAUUUGUGCUCUUGGCUGCGGGCUGCUAUUCACACCCACGACCUUAUACCUGGACGAGUGGUUCGUCAAGCGGAAAGGGCUAGCUUACGGAGUGAUGUGGGCUGGUAAGUCCGCCGCUGGCGUCGGACUGCCCUUUGCCAUGGAAACCUGUCUCCAAAGGUUUGGACCAGUAAUUACGCUUCGAGCAUGGAGCAUUGCUACGAUACUCAUCUCGGCACCCUUACUCUACUUUCUGAAGCCGCGAAUCCCCCUCGCCCAGUCCGCCGCCGUGCGCCGGAUCAACCUCAACUUCAUCCACCUCCCCUCCUUCUGGAUGCUCCAAAUCGGCAACGUCCUCCAGUCGCUCGGCUACUUCCUCCCCUACACCUACCUCUCCACCUACGCCGUGCAACAGCUCCACGUCUCCACCACCGUCGCAACGACCCUCCUCGUCCUCGUCAACGUCACCUCCAUACCUGGCGGCAUCGUCAUGGGCAGCCUCGGCGACCACGUCCGCGUCAGCACCGUGAUCCUCAUCUCGACCGUCGGCUCCGCGCUCGCCGUCUUCUUGUUCUGGGGCUUCUCGAGCCAGACGGCGCUGCUGGCCGUCUUUAGCAUCACGUACGGCUUCUUCGCGGGAGGGUUUAGUUCCACCUGGUCCGCUGUGCUGUCCGAGCUGAAGGCUGAGAGCCCUGCGGUGGACACGGGGUUCAUCUUUGGGCUGCUCGCUGGGGGGCGGGGGAUUGGGAAUGUGAUUAGCGGGCCGUUGAGCGUGGCGUUGUUGGCUGGUGACGGGUUAAUCAGGGAUGAUCCGCCCAAACUUGGCUCGACGGGGAGGUGGCGCUGGCCCAGCGCCGAGUGA